AUGGAGACGGCGAUCAAGGAGCAGUUUGGCGAGCUAGGCAUCACCUUGGACGAUGACGCAGUCAUAGGACAAUGUGCCGAUUUGUGUCACCGCUUUGGACUUGAGCCACUGGACUUGGCUGUAAAGUGGAACGCAUUCUUCAUGUCCAAGCAACUCGGCGAUAAGCCCACACAAAGCGCCCUGGAGCAGCUCGCGCAGGACAUGUCCAAGACCAUGUCUCAGAAAGUCACGCCGCAACGACCCACCGUGCACUACGACAAGUCAACCAUUGGCUCCGGGCUGGCCAAUGCGCUUGUCAGCUCGUUUGGGCUCUCUGGAGAUGUGGCUGAGGCCAUCAAGACCAGCGCGCAGAAGCCCAAGCAGUCAUCACGCAAGCGCAUGAGUUUCGCUUCCCCGCAAGCAGUCAAGCGGUCGGUGGGUGGUGCACGAAGCACGCCCAACACCCCGGGCACUCCAACCAGCCAGCAAGCAUCCAGCCUUCCUGCAGAGUCACCUCGAGCAUCCGCCAACUACGCAACGCGCACAAACGCCGGGCACGUCGAGCUGACCUUCAACCCAGGACAGCGGCCCGUUGAAGUUGCCAGCGAUGGCCCACGCCAGAACGUGCACGUGUCAGUGUUUCCAAGCACGCUGGAGAAGACAUACCGCUUCAUGUUUGAAAAGCUGCAUGACAGAGCAGAAGUGCUGGAUGUGCGGAUUGAGGAUAUGGCGGAGUUGAUCAUCCGAAAACACAAAUUGCAGUCCAUUGCGCUCAAGAAGUCAGAAGAGGACGAAGGUGGGGAUGAAGAGCAGCAGGAGCUGACACCACGGCAGGUGCUGGAGCAGCUCAACAGCGUCGACUUUCCAUCACAGUCGCCGGUGCUUGUUGUCGGGCGCGUGUGUGUGGAUGCAGCGGAGGGCCGGCUCAACAGCCGCUCCGUUGUCCUCGAGGGCUGCUUGGCCAACUCGCUUGGAAAACGCGUUCCGCUCGAUCUCAGCAGCACACAGCUCUUCUCCCUAUUCCCGGGGCAGAUUAUUGCUGCUGAGGGUGUGAAUCCGACUGGUGAUGCCUUUACACCAAGUCUCAUUUAUCAGGGCGCGCCUGCGCCGCGGAAGAAGACGAAACCGCAGGAGUUUCUCGACCUCUACUUCUCAAACGACGGUCCAGAUGGCGGUGCUGUGAAUGUGAUGAUGGCUGCGGGACCCUUCACGACCAACCAGGACCUGACAUACGCUCCGCUCGAUGACUUUCUCGCCAAAGUUUCACAGACGCGGCCAGAGGUCGUCAUCGUCAUCGGACCGUUUGUCCACGACCAGCACCCGCUCAUCACGGGCUGCGAGUUUGACGAGUCCUUUGAUGAGGUGCUGACGUUUGUGAUGGAGAAGAUCACGGGCGUGGUGUCUUCGCUGCCGCACACACACGCAAUUGUGAUCCCGUCGCUGGGCGACGUCACACACGACUUCAUCUUCCCGCAGGCGCCAUUCCAGAUCCCCACGCUGCGGCACGACGUGCGUCGGGUGCAUUUCCUUGCGAACCCGUCCACGUUUAUGAUCAACGAGUUGACAUUUGCCGUCACCUCAAACGACGUCCUCUUCCAACUCUCCCGCUCAGGUACUGCAUCGAACAUGCAUACGGAUCGCAUGCAGCGGCUUGUGAACCAUCUGUUUGAGCAGCGGAGUUUUUAUCCACUCGACCCGCCCCACGAGCAGGUGCACCUGGACUACGCGCACAUUGACAACCUCAAGCUCCCCGUCACCCCGGAUGUCAUCAUUCUCCCGUCCACACUUCGCCACUUUGUUCGCGAUGUCAACGGUUCCCUGGCCAUCAACCCAGGCCACCUCACCCGCAUGUCCGCAGGUGGAACGUAUGCGCACCUGCUGAUUCACGGACCGCGACGAAACGACAUUCCAGAGAAGUCCAAGGGUUUGCUGUCUGGCAUUGUGGACCGAUCAGCUUGCCGCAUCAUUCGCGUGUGA